AUGACAAAUGCAAUUAAUCAAUUACUUGAACAUCAAAAUCAAAAUGCUAGUACACGUUUAAUAAUUGAUUAUCUUGGUUUAAUAAAAAAUCUUAUUCAAUUACUUCGUUAUUCAAAUUUAUUUGAUUUUGAUCAAUUAUUAAUUUCAAUUCAAAUUGGAUCUAUAGAAGAAAUUCGUGUUAGUGAAGCCUUAAAAACAGAUAUUACAUAUCUUUUAUCUUUAUGUGAAUACGGUGAUCUACAUUUACGUGGUGCAUGUGCAAAUUUACUUGUUACAUUAAUUCAAACAACAAAUCAUCUUUUAACACUAUCAUCAUUAUCAAAUUCUUUUAUUAAUCAAUGUUCAAUUGUAUCAACUGAUUCAAAAGACAGAAUUGAAUUAUUAGAAGAUUCUAUUCAACAUACUACAAGUUCCUGUACUCUUGCUAAAGUUAGUCUAGCUCAAUUUAUAGAUGAUAUUGAUUUUCGAAUAUUAACUUAUCUUGAACAACAACAACAACAAUUAAAACAACAGUACCCUGAUAUACGUGUCCGUCAAGCAACUGCUUCGUCUUUUGCUAAUGUUCGAAAUGAAGAUGAUGAAUGGGAACGUCUUUCACGACAAAUUGUCGAUUUACUUCUUGCUCAUUUACAAUCUCAGAAUGAUGUUUUAUUAUCAGUUAAUGGAACACGAGAUGAAACUUUUAGUGCAGCUUUUCUUCGUGUUUUACAUGACGUAAUAUUACGAAUUUUAACUAAUACUCGACAAUUAUGUGUAUCAUCAUUUUAUAUCGCAUUAUUAUUACAAUGGAUACAUAUUCUGAAUAUGCUUGAUUAUACACAAGAAGCAUGCUGGUCACCAAUAUUAACACCAUCAUCAUUAAUAACACAUUUAUCUAUAAGUAGUCAAUUACAAUCUUAUUGUGAUUUAAUAUAUCAUCAUGAAUUAUAUGUUGAACAUUUUAUAUCAAUAACAACACAUUAUCAAUUAUUAUUAUUAUUUUUUAUUUGA